GCAGGGAAAUCAUGUAUUUGAAGUCUCUGAGGGCCAUAAAUUGAAGAUCACUUCUGGAAAUUCAGCUAAGGGCUGCAAAGUUUUUGGUUGGGCUAGUAUGGAAGGACGAAGUGACCAGGAGAACCUUCUGCAGUUGAUGUCACUGAACAUAAGUGGAAAUGACAAUGGUGUGUCUUAUGGAUCUGAAGAUGACCCAAAUCAUCAUUCUCUUAUGGAAGCUGGAAGGAUUAUUAACCAGCCUAAUGCUCUGCCUUUGCCAUCCUGGACCCACUUCCCAAAAGCACCUCGCAAUUAUGUUGAAUCUCUUGCAGAAAACUCCACAUUUCUUGAGAAUGCUACUGGUGCAGAUAUGUUGGAGACCAUUACUUCACCUAUUUGCAGUAUAAAGUCUGUUUAUGGCAUCUCCGAAAUGCAAAGAGAAUUAUUGUUCAACGAUCUAGGAAAAUCUUGUGAUUAUGAAUCUGCUGAUCCUUUCCUUUCCGUGGAUGCUUUAAAGGUAAGAUUUCAGAAUCCGCAUAACGAAGUUGAAUCAGCACACAGGUUUACAAGCUUUCAGCAGCAGAUCCUCGCCCAGCAGAAUCAUAGUUCAUUGACACAAGAACCAAAUGAAGAUAAUUGGAACGUGUCUCAACUUCAUCCCAAAGUAACAAUAACGCCAUCUUUUCACCAGUCCAAGCGACGUUCCAGUGGGUCUAGACAAAGAGCUUCUGCAGUUGAUCGUGAUCGGCGGGUACGAAUAGCUGAGAGACUCCGAGCACUGCAAGAACGGCUUCCAAACUCUGUAGAGGGUAACCAAGCAACUGUAAUGGAAGAUACUAUUGACCAUAUCAAGUUUCUGCAGUUACAGUUAAAGGAAUUAAGCCGAAGCAGAUUGGGAGGCCAAUCAACUUCAUCUCCUUUUGUUUUCCUUGAGGGAUUUGGUCACUAUGUUCUCAAUGGACAGAUGACAAAUGAACCUCUUGAAGAGAUGAUGGGGAAGUUGCUGGAGAUGAACCCGUCAGCGGCAAGCCAGUUGUUGGAGAGCAGGGGCCUGUACAUGAUGCCUAUGUCUUUGGCUGAAGAUUUAAACCAAGCCUCCUAGAUGCUUGGCAAGUCUAUCUCAUGGUUUUUCUUUUUGUUAACUAUCUUCCUACCACUAGGUGUUCAACUUUAGUUAAAAGUAUGUUCAGAAACGGGGCUAGAAGCUAUGGCUUUUUACCAUUUGUCGUGGCAAAUUACUGGUUGAAGCAAAGC